AUGGACAAAAGUUGGAUGGAGAAGCGGAGGGGUAUAAGGGAAUAUUUUGAAGGUGUAAACCAAUUCGUGGAAUUUGCUGCUCCAUCUGCACGCAAUGGGAAGAUCUAUUGUCCUUGUGUGAAAUGUGUGAAUUUGCUUAUACAACCGCUAAAUGUGGUACGUGAGCACUGUUGGGCUUCGGGGAUGCUUAAAAAUUACAAAGUUUGGAACUUUCAUGGUGAAUCGGCGGCUGCUACGCCAGCUACUGAAUGUGGGAGCUCUCAUGUGCAAGAAACCCAAAAUCCAUAUGGUGAUUUCCAUGGGAUGUUGCACGAUUUGUGCCCCCCGCAUGAAAUCCCACCCGAACCAAUGGAAGAAGGUCCAACUGCGCAACGUUCGGAUGAAGGUCCGAAUGAUGACGCCAAGAAGUUUUACAAGAUGGUAGAUGAUGUAGACAAACCUUUAUAUGAAGGUUGUACAAAAUUUAGCAUUUUCUCAGCCAUUGUCGUGUUGUUCCAGUUGAAGACUCUGUGUGGUUGGACAAAUAAGUCAUUUACUCUGUUGCUUCAAGUCCUGAUGGAUAUGCUUCCUUCAGACGCUAAGUUGCCAAAGGACCAUUAUGAGGCUAAGAAGAUAGUUCGAGAUUUGGGUUUGGGUUAUGAGAAGAUCCAUGCUUGUCCCAAUGAUUGUAUGCUGUUUUGGAAGCAAAAUGUUAACCUUGAGGCGUGUCCUUGUUGUAAAGCUUCAAGGUGGAAAACAAAUGAGGCAUCUGUUGCUAGUAAGCAUGCUUCAUCCACUAAGGGGAAGAAGAAAGCUGCGAAGAUCCUACGGUGGUUCCCCUUAAAGCCAAGAUUGCAGCGACUAUUUCUUUCACCCGAUCUGGCUAGUUCUAUGAAAUGGCAUGUUAAUGGUCGUACUGAUGAUGGGCUAAUGCGGCAUCCUGCUGACUCAGAUGCAUGGAAAAUAUGGGUUCAACCCUUUCGGAAUUAUGAGUACUAG